UGGGGUGGCUGUUUAGGGUUGAUUUCCAAUUGUGAGGAUACAGCGACAAGUGGCCUUGUUGCCGUGGAGUUCGACUCUUUCCAAAACGAUUUCGAUAGAACCUCCUGCCAUAUCGGAAUAAACGUAAACUCAAUUAUAUCGGUGAAGACCGUGACGUUGACGCGUGAAUGGACUCCUGUCUCCAGAGGUUUCGCGAGGAUUUGGUAUACUUCUCGGGCCAAAACCCUCUCUGUUAUGGUUGAUUACCAUAAUCAAACUUACAAGCUAUCUCAUCAUCCUCUAGAUCUAUCGAAAGUUUUGCCUAAAAGAAGUUUCGGCUUCUCAGCGUCGACUGGUCACUCCAUCUCGAUUCACCGUAUCCUUUCGUGGGAGUUUAACUCAACAGGCUUCUCAUUAAUCGCGGAAGAUGGUGCUGGACUCGAUAGAAAUCAAGUGGUGGCUUGUAUACUAGGUGGGCUGACUUUUCUAGUAUUUAUUGGUGUUGCUUUGUUCUAUGCCUUCCGUCGUAGAGACGGCAAUGCUUUUAUCUGUAAUGUCUUUCAGAAGAGAAAUGGAGAGACGGAGAGUACUACAGCUUUGGAUGAUGUGUCGAAUAUGGAUCGUGAAUUUGAGCAUGAUAUAGGGCCUAAGAAGUUCUCUUAUAAGGAAUUGGUUAAGGCCACAAAUAAGUUUGCGGAACAAGGUAUACUUGGUGGAGGAGGAUUUGGGGAAGUUUACAAAGGCUACUUGAGGCACUUGAAUCUAACUGUGGCAGUUAAAAGAGUUUCUAAACGGUCCAAACAAGGAAGAAAAGAGUAUAUGUCCGAGGUCAAAAUAAUUAGUAGACUCAGACACAAAAACUUGGUGCAACUAAUUGGUUGGUGUCAUGAUAACAAAGAGUUCCUUCUUAUCUAUGAGUUCCUCUCAAAUGGUAGCCUUGAUUCUCACUUGUUUGGAAGAGAAAGAAGCAUUCUUUCAUGGAAAGUGAGGCAUAAAAUAGUCCUUGGUCUUGCGUCUGCACUUCUCUACUUGCAUGAAGAAUCGGAACAAUGUGUUCUUCACCGUGAUAUCAAAUCGAGUAACAUAAUGUUGGAUUCAGAUUUCAAUGCCAAGCUCGGCGAUUUCGGCUUAGCAAGGCUAGUGGAUGAAGCCACUGGUUCGCGGACAACAGCGUUGGCAGGAACAUUGGGCUACAUGGCACCGGAGUACAUAAACACGAGCAAAGCGAGCAAGGCCUCUGACGUGUUCAGCUUCGGGGUGGUGGCGUUAGAAAUAGCAUGCGGAAGAAAAUCGAUAGAACAUGAUUCCGAGGAGGAGGAUAGGGUUUCUCUUGUUUCUUGGGUUUGGGACUUUUACGGAAGUGGAAGGCUUCUUGAUGUGGUUGAUGAGAGACUAUGCUUGGAAUUUGACGUGCGACAGAUG